CGGAAAUUCCGUGACCCGGAAGUACUAUUUUAAGCGUUGCUGACGCUGUUGAAGAAAGAUGGCAGCAGCUGGAAGAGCAUUUGUGCAGGCUGUGCGCCUUCACUCGCCACUUAUAAAGUUUCCUAAUCGCCUUAGUGACCCAAGACCCAAUGUCCAAGAGGUGCUGAAAAUGGGAGUUGCCGCAGCACAGCAGUCCAGUGGUACACAUAGUUCACCUUUGACCUCUGCACCAUCACCCCUGACUCGCCUCCCGGGAAUCUCAGAUACCGCUGCAACUAUCAGAGAUCUUCCCCAGAGGUAUCGAAGAAGGAUAGUUGCUCCAGAGGAGAUGGAGUACAUCCAGCGUGGUGGACCAGAGUAACAGACAUCUUCACUGAUAACCUGCCAAACCAUUCUCUGGAUAUUUACUCAGUACUGUAUAGCUUUUUAGGAGUGUAACUGCCAGAGAUUCCAAUAUAAAAUGCACAAAGAAACAUUUAUAAUUUAUUAAUAUUUAUCCUGUUGGAUCAGAGCGCUGAAAUGUUUAUUUUUAUGUUCAAGCAGUGCUGAUAACCUCAAAUGCUUUUUUGAAUGUAUUGUGAUAUGUGAUGGGAAGUAUGCAGAUUCAAGCAUUGUCUAGUUGUCUUCUAAUAGCCUAUGUAUUGUGCAAAGUAAAGCGAAAAACUGUAAACG